GACGGUCAAGAAAAAGUUAAGAGAGUGUUCUUUAUUGUUUUACAUCACUUGCUUAGAUUUUGAAAGCGAGCCGAAACAGUUUUAACAUAGCUUUGAAUCUAAAAUCUCCUCAAGCAACGCUGCCUCUCCAGCUUCUCUGGCCAUUCUUGUUUCUCAUUAAAGAGCCGCAAGAAGAAGAGUAAAGUCUUCUACUUUCAGCAGCUGUAUCCUCAUUAAUACACAGAUGUCGAAGAACCCAUCUCUCGAAGACGACGAAGCCACACCAAUCCCCGAAGCAAUCAAGAGAUUCAAGCGCUUACGACUCGUCUUCGAGCCCUCGCUGGGAGUCUUGGGUUUCUUCUUGGUGGGUUUGUGUUUAGUCUUCAGCUUCUUCUACCUCGACUACACAAGCGUGGCUCAAACCAAAAGCCGCGACUUUUCGAAUCAGUCCGGUAGAUUCCUCUGGCUCAAGGAGCUCGAUGUUGGCUCUGGAGAUACCAACACCAACACCAAUAACGGAAACAGAGCUGAGUUUCUUGAUGAGAGUGGGAACGCCUGUGAUGUGUUUCAUGGGAGAUGGGUCUGGGACGAAGCGUAUCCCUUGUAUCAGUCCAAAGAUUGCUCCUUUCUUGACGAAGGAUUCAGAUGCACUGAGUUCGGGAGACUCGAUGUGUUCUACACCAAGUGGAGAUGGCAACCUACUCACUGUGAUUUGCCUAGAUUUGAUGCGAAGUUGAUGCUGGAAAAACUAAGGAACAAGAGGCUAGUCUUCGUUGGAGACUCGAUUGGGAGGAACCAGUGGGAGUCUCUUCUUUGUAUGCUCUCUUCUGGAGUUGAGAACAAGGGUUCGGUUUACGAAGUGAACAAUAGGACUAUAACUAAGCACAUGGGCUUCUUUGUCUUCAAGUUUCAUGACUACAACUGCACUGUUGAGUACUACAGAGCACCGUUUCUGGUUCUCCAGAGCCGUCCUCCUAAAGGCUAUCCAGAGAAGGUGAAGACGACUCUUAAGCUGGAGACGAUGGAUUGGUAUGCCGACAAGUGGAGAGACGCGGAUGUGUUGGUGUUUAACACUGGGCAUUGGUGGAACUAUGAGAAAACUAUCCGCGGAGGUUGUUACUUUCAAGAAGGAGCGAAAGUGAGGAUGAAGAUGAAGAUAGAGCAUGCUUAUCGAAGAGCUAUGAAGACCGUUGUGAAGUGGAUACAAGAAGAGGUUGAUUCAAGCAAAACGCAAGUCUUCUUCCGCACAUUUGCUCCAGUGCAUUUCAGGGGAGGAGAUUGGAGAAGCGGAGGAACGUGUCAUAUGGAGACGCUGCCUGAUUUUGGAGCCUCUCUAGUUCCACCAGAGACUUGGGAACAUCUGAAGCUCCUUGGAGACGUCUUGUCACCUCUUUACCACUCGAACACAUCAUCACAGGCGGCGGCUAAGCUGAAACUGCUGAACAUAACUGCCAUGGCUGCUCAAAGAAACGAUGGCCACCCGUCACUGUACUACUUGGGUUCGGCUAGUCCUGCACCGGUACACAGACAAGACUGUAGCCAUUGGUGUCUCCCUGGUGUUCCUGAUGCGUGGAACGAGAUUCUCUUUGCGUUGUUUCUUAAGCGUGAAGGCUAUUCAAGAUCAAACAGUGGCGAUUCAGACACCUUUACAUAGCAUCUUGUUGUUCAGAGCCUGACCUUAAGGCUUUUGAUUGGGUGAUUAGGUUAAUUGGGUGGGGGAUAUAUGUAGUUACUGAAUAGGUUAAAAGCAUCCUUGGUUGUAAAGAUACUUCUCAUUACCUUCAAA